UUCCCACAUUUAUUAUGUUACGGACAAGCCUCCAAAAAUCAUGCAGAUGAGAGAAAAUACAUAUGACUGUUCUGGUUGUUAAUAUUACGCAAAACCAGUCAGUCAGAUAAAGGUUCUGUCUCUGUUUGACCAUGUCUCUCCUGGAGGAUGUAACAUUGUGAACAGGAACGGGACAUUUUCGCUCUAGGAGGAGAGAAGGCAUUCUCAGGCUGCAUUCUCAGAAUGCAACAUGAUCUGACAAUGUGACACAUUUCUUAAUCGUAUUAAAUGCCUGAGGACUCUUUGACUGUAAAUGUGUAGCUGUUAAGAGGCACUCGGUGGCUGAGCUAUGCCCAGACGGGGGCUGCCUCUACAGGGCCGAGUGCGUUGGCUGUUGCUGGGUGUAUUUCUGCUCCUGGUGCUGCUGCUCUUCACCUACCUGCUGGAAUGCACACCUCCUGCGGACGGGAGCCAGGCUAUGCCUGGCCUGGGAGCGGAGCCAUAUGGCAAGGAGUACUACGAGGCUCUGCUCCAGGAGCAGGAGGAGCGGCACCUCAGCCGCGCCAGCAGCCUCAAACGACAGAUCGCCCAACUCAAGCAGGAGCUGCAGGAGAUGAAUGAAAAACUGAAGGUUCUGCAGGAGCGCAGAGAGAGCCCAGGGAUGCAGGGCCUGGCUGACGGGAAGGAUCAGGAACCUGGUGACAUCCUGGAGUACCUGCACUCUCAGAUCGAUAAGGCGGAGGUCAACACGGGGGCACGGCUGCCAAGCGAGUAUGCGGCGGUGCCCUUCGAAAGCUUCACCAGUACCAAGGUGUACCAGCUGGAGAUGGGAUUAACACGGCACCCGGAGGAGAAGCCCGUGCGUAAGGAUCGCAGAGACGAGCUGGUGGAGGUGGUGGAGGCUGGACUGGACGUCAUUAAUAACCCUGAUGAAGAUGAUGGACAGGAGGAGGUGCCCAUGCAGAGACAGAGCUACACUGACAGCCAUUUCGUUGAGGGACUGUACAGGACUGAGAGAGAUAAGGGCACCCUGUAUGAGCUUUAUUUUGCCAAGGAAAACUCCAAUGUGUUCCGUCAUGUGACUCUGUUCCGUCCGUUUGGUCCGCUGAUGAAAGUGCGGAGUACGUCCGUGGAGACGACCGGCAUGGUCAUUAACGUCAUCGUCCCUCUGUCGGGCAGGACCGAGGCUUUUGUCCAGUUCCUGCACAACUUCAGGGAGGUGUGUAUACAGCAGGACAGGAGAGUGCAUCUGACAGUGGUCUACUUUGGCCAGCCUGGGUUACAGGAGGUGAAGGAGUCCUUAGAGAAACUGUCCAGCGAGGAGAACUUCACAAACUACUCUCUCCUUCCCGUGGACGAGGAGUUCUCCCGCGGCCGGGGUCUGGACAUCGGUGCUCACGCCUGGAAACAGAGCGGGGACGUGUUGAUGUUCUUCUGUGACGUGGACGUUUAUUUCACACUGGACUUUCUGAACACAUGCCGUCUGAACACGGACCCCGGUAAACGGGUGUUUUACCCUGUGGUGUUCAGUAUGUAUAAUCCUGCCAUCGUCUAUGGAAACCUGGAACUGGCUCCGCCCAUUGAACACCAGCUGAUUCAUAAAAAAGAUGCAGGUUUUUGGAGAGAUUUCGGUUUUGGCAUGACCUGUCAGUAUCGCUCAGACUUCCUUAAUAUCGGGGGAUUUGACCUGGAAGUGAAAGGCUGGGGUGUGGAGGACGUCCAUCUGUACAGGAAGUACCUGCGUAGCGACCUGAUCGUGAUCCGUACGCCCGUGUCAGGGCUCUUCCACCUGUGGCACGAGAAACAGUGCGUGGACGAGCUGACCCCGGAACAGUACCGCAUGUGCAUCCAGUCCAAGGCCAUGAACGAGGCGUCUCAUUCCCACCUGGGCAUGCUGGUGUUCCGAGAGGAGAUAGAGAGCCACCUUCGUAAACAGGCGUACAAAACUCAGAGCAGAGCUGAAGACUGAGCCCCAUCCGGAAACAGGCGCGUGAAACUCAGAGCACAGCUGCCGAGCGACACGGCCUUAACCGCGGCCAACCCAACUCUGCACGCUGCGUUUACCGUCUCUGAGGAGUAGGCUUCAUGUCUACAGACGACCGUGUAAUUCAGGAGAGGGUGAAUCAGGACCCUGCCCGCAUGAUCAGAGCAGGACUAAAACUUAGGCCACCGUGCUACAGCCCAGAGCUAAUUUUAGGAUUAAAGAGCACCCUCGGCACUCAGCACGAGAACCAGAUCAAUCAGCUUUUCAUCCUCAUCGUUUCAGUCUCGCGCUUCACAGCUCUCUCAACAGAGAGACCUCAUUAAUACCUCCAUGCUUCAGCGGAAUUUGGAGAGGUCAGCAGAUGAUAACGAAUCCUAAUCUGGAAUCUGCCCUGUGCCAGGCGUCCCCGCGCAGAGCCACGUGCUUUGUCCACCCUGUUGACUUCUCUGAAGAAGAACAGAGCUGACUCUGUUCUAAGAAUAGUACAGGAACUAACUUUUAAAUAACAGGACUGGAAAAGGUGCCAGAUGAUGUCAUUUCAGAGUUAAUUGCCAAUUGUAUAGCAUUCUCUUUGUUUUUAUUUCUAAUUUUGAAGAUUGUUAAUAGAGCCAUUCUGUUAUUUUAAAUGCUUAUUAUCUUUAUUUGUAAAGCGCUGUGUUACAAAGGGACCGAAAUGCAUCAGUGUGUGUUACUGAAAGGGGCUGUGUGUUACGUUUAAGUUCACUGUACUUUGCCCUUUACCCUUUGCCCCGGACUGAACGACAACGUGAAGAGUCAGUUUGUACUGAGGUCAAACCGAGAGAGACAGUGACACUUUUGAAGCCAUAGUAGUCUUGACUGUGCCCCACUGCAGCGGGAAGUGAACCUGUCGAGUGCUGUGAUGGACCAGGUGUGUGUCACUGAGUCUAAGACACAUCCAACCCUUCAGCCGCCGUGUUUCUCUCUGCCGCAUACCACUCACCACACGAGCACGAGUUGACUGACAGCUCGUGAACAAACCGCCGUGAAGGCAGCACAGUGUUACAGCCAAUGUCCAGUUUCUCAAGGCUUUUGAUAUUUCAAAUAAAACAGGACUCAUCCAGUCCUUUUGAUCAACUGA